UUAUCGGCAUCGCCGCCAUCCCUCCUCGAGUUUCAUCUGCCAUCUUCCUCAUGGCUUCUUCUUUUAACUCCUCUUCUUUCAAUUUGAAGUAUUCCUCCUUCCCUUCUCGUCAAUUGAAGUGUUUUCUCUGCCCUUCUCGUCGACUGAAUUAUUCUCCAUCCUUUUCUCGCCGAUUGAAGUAUUCUUCGCCAUCUUAUCUUCAAUUGAAGUAUUCUUUCUCCCCUCCUCGUCAAAUGAAGUAUUUUUCGCCCCCUUCUUGUCGAUUGAAGGAUUUUUCCUCCUCUUCUUGUCAAUUAGAGUAUCAGGUUUUCUUGAGCUUCAGGGGUGAAGACACGCGCCUUAACUUCACCACCCAACUACUCCAAGCUUUGAAAGCCACCGGGAUGAAUGUCUUCUUCGAUGAAGAAAAACUCGAAAGAGGGGAACAACUUUCACUAGCACUUUCCCGAGCAAUUUCAGCCUCAGAUCUCUCGAUAAUCAUUUUGUCCGCCGACUAUACUUCUUCCAAAUCAUGCUUAGCCGAACUCUCUGACAUCAUGCAUCGCAGGCGUACGCGACAAUAUAUUGUUCUCCCCAUCUUUUACCAUGUUGAUCCCUCCGAUGUGCAAAAUCUAAGUGGAAGUUUCAAAACAUCCUUCGAUGUCCAUGAAUCAAAUGGGCUGCGUCAAGUGCAACAGUGGAAAGAGGACUUCGCCCAAGUCGGAUCAUUAGCCGGAAUUCGCAUAGAGGACGACAAACCUGAAACUGAUCACAUCAAGCAUAUUGUUGAAUAUACUAUGCAAAAGUUGAUGAAGCAUCAAGUUUUCUUGAGCUUAGGUGAGGACACGCGCCUCAACUUCAGCAGUCAUCUUCUCAAAGCUUUGGAGUGCACGGGAAUAAAUGUCUUCUCCAACAAAGCAGAGAUUCAAUUCUCUCAAGCAAUUGCAGCCUCAAACCUAUCGAUAAUUGUUUUAUCUAAAGACUAUGCUUCUUCGGAAUCAUGCUUGGCUCAACUCUCUGACAUCAUGGGGCGUAAGCGCACUCAAAAACAUACUAUUAUUCCCAUGUUUUACCAUGUUGAUCCUUCUGAUGUGAGGAAUCUCGGUGGGAGUUUCAAAGCAUCCUUUGAUGAUCAUGAAUCAAAUGGGCUAUGUCAAGUGCAAAAAUGGAAGGAAGACUUUGUUGAAGUUGGUAAAUUAAAAGGGUGGCAUAUAGAGGGAGGCAAAUUUGAUAGGCCUGAUACUGAGUACAUUAAAGAUGUCGUUCAAUAUAUCUUAAAAAUAUUGGAUCGCAAAUCUAGAAGUAUUUAUGAUGAUUUGGUUGGAAUGGAUGAUCAGAAAGAAAUGAUUUUAAGGCUGAUUGAGCAAAAAGAUAGUCGUGUAUUAGGACUUUGGGGAAUGGGUGGUAUAGGCAAAACUACUCUUGCUGAUGUUGUAUAUAAUGAAAUCUCCUCUGAGUUUCAAAGUCGUUGCUUUCUUCAAAAUGUUAGAGAGGAAAUAGAAAUAAAAGGGAUGAAAUAUGUAAGAAAUGAACUUCUUUCUAAACUAUUAGAUGACAAAAUUGAUAUAGACACCCCCUCCAUAGGAUCCCCUUUAACCCAAAAGAGACUCAAAAAUAAAAGAGUAUUUGUCGUCCUUGAUGAUGUUAAUGACUUGGAUCUAAUGGAUCUUAUGGGUGUAAAAUAUUUUGGUGAGGGAAGUAAAAUCAUUGUAACAUCUAGAGAUAGACAAGUUCUUAAGAAUGGAGGAGCUGACAAAAUACACGAGGUAAACAAAUUAAAUGAGAACGACUCUCUGCAACUCUUUUGUACAUUUGCAUUUAAGCUUUUGAAUCCUGCUCUUGAUUUUCAAGACCUAUCCAACAAGUUUUUGGAGUACGCCCAAGGCAAUCCACUUGCCCUGAAAGUUUUGGGUUCUAAACUAUAUACAAAGUCCAGAAAAGAGUGGGAAGGUGAGGUGGAUAAGCUCAAGGAAUAUCCCCAACAAAAAAUUUCACAGAUUUUGAAGAGUAGCUUUGAUGAGUUGGAUGAACUAGAGAAGAAUAUAUUUCUUGAUAUAGCUUGCUUCUUUAAACGAGAACUCAAGGAAGAUGUAGAAGAAAUUCUAAGUUGCUUGUAUAAGGGUGUAGCAUGUGGAAUAAGCAACUUGCUGGAUAAGUGCCUAGUUCAUAUUGAUUCUUAUAGGCGGAUUUCUAUGCAUGAUAUGCUUGAAAAGAUGGGAAAGGAUAUUAUUCUCCAAAGAUCUAAAAACCCGGAAAAGCGAAGUAGGCUAUGGAGUCUCAAAGACGUGAAUAAAGUACUCAGAUAUGAUAAAGAAAAUAAAUCAAUUGAAGGAAUAAGGUUUGAGAUGACUCGGUUUGACCCACUGUUAUCAUGUCAUCACGGUUUUGAGAACAUUCUUAAUCUUAGAUUCAUCGACUUGUCUACUGUGUGUUUGGUGUUCCGGAAUGAUAAGGUACUUGCACACAAAGUUGAUAGUGUAUCUUUUCCUGAAGAGCUAAGAUAUCUUUGUUGGAGCGGGUACCCCUUCAAAUCCUUGUCAUCAAACUCUAAUCCAAAGAAUCUUGCUGUAUUGAAAUUACGUUUUGGAUGUAUGGAACAACUAUGGAAUGAAGAUCAUCGGGAUCUUGUUAAUUUAAGGAUAAUUGACCUUUACUGUUGUAUGAAACUAAGGAAGAUCCCUAAUCUAUCAGGAGCCAUCAACCUUAAGAGCCUUUGCUGCCGUAUGUGUGAAAGUUUGGUGGAACUACCUUGCCUCAGUCAUUUGACAUCUCUUGAAAUCCUUGACCUUUCUGAGUGCAAGAAUUUAAGAAAGAUCCCAAGUUUAUUAGAAGUCAUCAACUUAAAAAGCCUUAACUUAAGCUGGUGUUGGGUGGUCGAACCUCUUGAGCUCCCAAAUAACAUUACCGAGUUAAAUUUAUCUCACACUGUAAUAAAAGAAGUGCCUGAUUCCAUUCAGCAUCUUGUCGGACUUAGAGAGUUGAAUUUGAGUCACUCAUGGGAGAAAAAUGUACCGAACAAUAUUUCAAAGUUCGAGUCCCUUCGUGUGUUGGUUCUUGAUCAUUGCAAAAGCCUUAAGACACUCCUGGAGCUUCCACGGUAUUUGUGGUUCUUGGAUGCAAGUAACUGCACGUCAUUAGAAAAAGUGUCCUUCACUAACGUUAGUUUCAAUCCAUUCCCUUCUUUACAUGACGGUGAUGGUGCUCCUCGUAGAGAAAACGUUUUCAUGCUUUUCUCGAACUGUAGAAGCCUGAAUCAAGAUUCAAUAAAAAAACAUUGUGGCAAACACCAUGCUUCAAAUUCAUUCCCUGGCACAAAGAUGGGUAAGGAGGAGGAAAGGGAUAUCCCUAGGGGAAUAUAGAUGGGAUUUUUUUGUUUUGCUGUUUCCCAGGAAAUGAAGUUCCAGAAAUUGUGUUUUAUUACGGAAGCAUGAAUUAUUCGUUCGAUUUGAAGAUAACCCCAAAUGGGUAUAGUGGGAGCAGAUUCUUGGCUUUUGCUAUCUGUCUUGUGGAUGAUCUCACACUCGCAAAACGAAAUCAUGAAUUUAUCUGUAAAUACCAACUGACCACCACCAGUGGUGAAAAGUUCACGAGUGAGUGCCGUGUUUCUGUGACACAGGACGAGAUCUGCAGUUACAAGAGUGAUCCUUGGCCAUGGAUCAGUAAGUUCGAUUACAAGGGUGAUCAUGUGUUCAUUCUGUUCAAUCAAGAUAUGAUUAUAAUAGACAAUGAUUAUGAGGAGGCAUCAUUUGAAUUGUACAUCAGAAAUCCUUACGGUGAUGAAUUUAAAGUGGAGAAAUGUGGUGUUAACAUAUAUUACAUGGAUGCAGAGGGGUAUACCACUAGUGAUGUGAUGAGAUGGGACAAAUCCUUCGAGAAUUCUGAUUCUCAAGAAGAUGCUAAUGUUGAGGGAGCUCAUGACGGAUCUGCUACUGAAAUAAGACCUGGGGAUGAAAGAAGAUCUGGCAAUGGUGGUGAUGAAGGGCCUAAAACAUUGAAAUAGUUUCACUUCUUUUAAUCUUUGGGUAUGCAACUUCUCAUUCCAAAUGCGUAGGUAAGCUGUUUUCAUUUGUAUUUAAUUGCUUAUGAUAGUUGUACAUUUAAAAGGGAGAUUUGUUAAAAGAGAAGGGUUGAAUUUCUUUCUAUUCAAUUGCUUAUUAUGUUUUCUCAUUCUUUUGUGGGUGGAGGCUAUUUUCAAGGGCAUCAUUUGACGGAUUACAUUGUCAUGUUAGAUUGGUGAGCUUGUGUUUAACCUGUUAUGUGGCGUUUAUCACAUGUUAUCAUUCACCAACAAUCCUUACAUUGUUGUCUGUGUCAUGAAUCUCAUCUAGGUUGUUUUUACUCUCUUCAUACGAUGUGGACAUCUCCUUUGCCAAUUCACGUCGUCUUCUUUUUCUGUCGCUAAUACAGGUGCAGUGUGUGUAGAAUUCUUUUUAUACUUUUGGGUAAAGUACAAAUUUUGUUAAUUAAACUUUACUCUCUUCUAUUCAAUUCCUUCUAUGAAUUUAAUGCUUUGCGUUUUUAAUGG